UAACGUAUUUUCGAAUUUUGACCAUUCAAUACUAGAAACUGAAUCGUCAUAGUGGAAAAACUCUUGUUAAAUUUUAGAAAUGUCUCAAUCCGGCGAAAAACAUGCCUCCCUAAAUGUCAACGAGGAACAAAAACAGGAAAUACCAAUGGAAACUGAUUCCAAUCAGUCGAAAAACCCAUGCUGCGUUAUCAUUUUAGGAAUGGCUGGUUCAGGUAAAACCACAUUCGCAAAGAGAGUUGUUUCUGAGCUUUUUAAGAAAAAGAAACCCUAUGUGAUAAAUUUGGAUCCAGCAUGCAUGGAAGUUCCUUAUCCGGUUAACAUAGACAUUCGGGAUACAGUAAAUUACAAAGAAGUAAUGAAACAAUAUGGUUUGGGACCGAACGGUGGUAUAGUAACCGCUUUGAACCUCUUUUCAACGAAGUUUGAUCAAGUGAUACAACUAAUAAAAAAAGCAGGAGAAGCUCACGACUUCGUAAUUUUGGAUACUCCGGGACAAAUAGAAGUAUUUACUUGGUCAGCCAGUGGUUCAAUCAUAACAGAGUUAUUGGCAUCAUACUUUCCGACGAUCGUUGUUUACGUGAUGGAUACUGUCAGAAGCUACAAACCCGUGACUUUUAUGUCAAAUAUGCUUUACGCGUGCUCCAUACUCUACAAAACGAAAUUACCAUUCGUCCUAGUAAUGAAUAAGACUGAUGUCGUUUCUAAUUCUUACGCAGUUGAAUGGAUGACUGAUUUUGAAUCUUUUGAACAAGCUCUGGAAUCUCAAACUAGUUACAUUGGUAAUUUAACUCGCAGUAUGGCUCUUGCACUCGAUGAAUUUUAUCGUAACUUGCGAUCAUGCGGCGUUUCCGCUAUUACAGGGUCAGGAAUCGAUGAGUUUUUCAGCCUUGUUGAAGAGGCAGCACAUGAAUAUGAAACCGAUUAUAAACCACAGUGGGAAAAACUGCGAAUGAAGCAAGUAAAAAACAGAGAAGAGAAGGAGAGGCUACUUAAAAUUUCUACAAAAGGCGAUACAGGGAAGCCCAUGUCUCUUUCAACAUUGAAUACUGAGAGAGAAAAGUCCAAUAUUUAUUUGAAACACCCGGGAAAUGAAUCCAGUGAAGAUGAAGAAGGAGAAGAAGAUACAGCUGAAGCCAGCGAAGCGCAAAAGGAAGAAGAGGAUGAUCAGUCUUUCCAGAACUUUCUCAACGCACACAAGAAAGUAAAUCAUAACAAGAAACUUGAAAAGACACCUGGCACAAGUAAAGAAAAUUGAACAUUCGUAUGUUUUGUAUAUUACUUUCUUAUAUUCUUUUUGUUCAAAUAAUUGUUAAUAAAUAUAUCUAAUUUCCUAAUAUUAA